UCAGUGAAAGAAUGACAGGUAAAAUGAAAACAAAUUAGUGCAAUCUCUCCUGCGUAGUUUCUUCAUUGUAAAAAAAAAAAUGAUAUCAAUUUAGUCACGCUAAAAUACUAUAUACGACACAAUGGCUUCAGUGAAAGUAGCAGUAAGAGUAAGGCCCUUUAAUCAAAGGGAGCUUGAUAUGGAUACAAAAUUAAUUAUUCAGAUGAGCGGAAAGACGACAGGAAUAUUAAAUUGCAAGGCAAAUACUCGAGAUGAAAGCAUUAGAUAUAAGGAAUUUGCUUUUGAUUACUCCUAUUGGUCACAUGACGAAAAGUCGCCAAAUUUCGCAUCUCAAGAAAGAGUAUAUAAUGAUUUAGGCACAGAGGUUGUGGACUGUGCAUUUGAGGGCUAUAACGCAUGUGUAUUUGCUUAUGGGCAAACUGGUAGUGGAAAAACGUUCACAAUGAUGGGUUCUCCUGACAACCAGGGUCUAAUUCCAAGAAUAUGUAAAGCUUUAUUUGAUAGAAUGUCAGAAAACUCAAAAAGAGGAACCACUCAUCGUGUUCAGGUCAGUUAUCUUGAAAUUUAUCAAGAGAGAGUUGCUGAUUUGUUAAGAGGUCGAGAUAGUGCAUCAUUAAAAGUGAGAGAACACCCAAAAAAGGGCCCCUAUGUACAGGGAUUAACUACAUGUUUAGUCACAAAUUAUGGACAUAUUCAGGAGUGCAUGAAUAGGGGUAAUUCACAUAGGACAACUGCUGCAACAAAUAUGAAUGAUGUAAGCAGCAGAAGUCAUGCCAUUUUUACAAUAACUUUUGUCCAAGCGGGUUAUUGUGAUGGUGUACCUAGUGAAACAGUUUCAAAGAUUCAUUUAGUAGAUUUAGCAGGUAGUGAAAGAGCAGAUGCUACAGGGGCAACCGGUCAAAGAUUAAAAGAGGGGGCACAUAUCAAUAAGUCACUUGUCACUUUAGGUUCUGUGAUAUCUGCUUUAGCUGAAUUGUCUGUGGAUACAAGUGGUCAAAGAAAAUCAUUUUUUAUUCCUUAUCGAGAUUCCGUCCUCACUUGGCUCCUAAAAGACAGUUUAGGUGGUAACUCAAAAACAAUAAUGAUAGCCACAAUCAGCCCUGCUGACUGCAAUUAUGGUGAAACUUUAAGUACUCUAAGAUACGCCAAUAGAGCUAAAAAUAUCAUUAAUAAACCAACAGUCAAUGAAGAUCCAAAUGUUAAACUCAUUAGAGAAUUGCGCAAUGAAAUUAGUAAACUUAAAGCUUUAAUGUUUAGUGAACAAAGAACUGACAUGUUAGCACAAUUACAUGAAAAAGAAGCCAGAGAGAAAGAAUUGACUGAAGAAUGGGCUGGAAAGUGGCGAGAAGCUCAAGCUAUUCUACGAGAGCAAAGGGCCUUAGGGCUUCGCAAAGCAGGACCUGGAGUGGUUUUAGAUUCAGAUAGUCCCCAUUUAGUGGCAAUUGAUGAUGAUCCACUUAGUACUGGUGUUACUUUAUACCAUUUAAAAGAAGGACAAACAACUAUAGGAACAGAAGAUGCAGAUGUGAAACAAGAUAUAGAACUUAAAGGAGCUGGGAUGGAGCCUCAACAUUGCACUAUUACUUUUCAAAAGGGGAUAGCAACCUUGGUUCCCAAUCCAGGCGCGUAUGUUAUGUUGAAUAAUGUUCUUAUUGAAGCUCCUGCCAGACUCUCUCAAGGGUGCAUUAUUUUCCUUGGCAAAGCGCAUGUCUUUCGUUUUAAUGAUCCAGCUGAAGCAGCUGAGUUGCGUAAAGGGGAACGGACCUACAACUUAUCGCGAUUGAGUUUACUUAGUUGGUCAACACCUGAUUUAGCGAUUUCCAUGGAAAAUUUACAACCUGGUCAAGAUGAUGAAAAAAGCGAUAUUGAAAUUCAGAGACUUAAUUUAGAAAAAGAGAAGGAAGUGUUUGAAAAGGAACAAGAAGAAUUUGAGAAAAAGCGCAGAACUUUACGAGAAGCUCAAGCUAAAUUGGAGGCUGAAAAAGCUUUAAUGCAUCAAGAGCAUGCGCGUCAGACACGUCAGUUGCAAGAAGAUUGGCACAAUUUAACUGUACAACAACAGCAACGUGAACUCGAAUUGAAAGAAAAAGAGAAAGAGUUAAUUGUGCGACGGGAGGAAUUGGAGCGUGAAAGACAUAAAAUAUGGGGCGAAAUAAACCAGGAAUUUGAACAAUUGCAAGAUUUUAAAGCUAAUAUUUUUAUUAAGUUGAAUAAUGUUUGUCAGUUUAUUACUUCACAUGCAAAUGAUUUUACCUUUCCUAAUCCUCAAGCCAAAAGAAUUUUUCAGGAGUUAGUGAUGAAAUCAGAAAAUAGUACACUUACAGAUGCAGAGUCUGAUAUUUUAAUAGAUGUAUUGAAUUCUGUCAAAGGACCUUCACUUAUCCAAGAUAUAGUUGUUCAACAUAGAAAGGAAUUGGCUGAACUACAAGCAACGUUAGAUAAUAGAGUAGAAGCACUGUCUGAAAGACGAAGAACGGUAGAAAUGUUGGAUAAAAAAUUAUUAGAUUUAAUUGAUCAGCAAGCAUUACUUGAUAAUAGCACACAAAAUGAACACCUUCAAGACCUUAAGCAAUCUUUAGCCUCACGUACAAAAGACGAACUGGAUAAAAUUGAACGAAAGAAGCAAGGAUUAAAAUUGAAUUUGAAACAAAUUCAUGCUAUUGAUAGUCCCGAUUCUUGUGGUACUAAUUAUACAAGCAGUUUUGAAAAAGGUAGUACUUUGAGCAGUGAUACAUACCACACAGCGACGAGUGUUUGUUCACCCCCAUUAGUAAAUAAUGUGGAUUGCUUAAUGAGUGAUAGUGGAGUCGAAUUACGGCAGUCCCCAAGAGUGCAAGAUGAAAGCGAUUUAUCAAGUAAUGAGGAAUACAAGGUGAUAAGCGACUCACAGUCAACAAGUUCCGUCGAAAAUCAUUCACCUGUAAUCAGAAAAAAGCGGAAAGAUUCCGAAAUCUUGCGUAGGUUGAGUCAGAAGGUAUUGCAACAGAAACAAAUCAUAUUGAGAAGUUUGGAUGCCGGUUGUACAAAGUCUCACAUAGACGCUCAGAUUGCUAUUUUGCAAGAACUGCAAAGGCAAUACAUGUCGUUAAAGUGUGGCUCUAGUUCGGUGCUUUCACCCGCUUCUGAACACCCUUUACAAGAUGUUGAUAGUGAAAGUCCCAGUCCAGUGAAACCAGUGCAUACCGGGUCGACCUCAGCUCUCUACUCCCCAAGUUUACAGGGUUACAACCACAGAUUAUCGCCUUACAAUUAUGGCCUUCAUCGCUCAAUGCCUUCUAUUGCGUCAGAGUCUGACAAUGACGCCAUCGUUACCAUUAGCAGUUAUUGCCUAAGAGGUGCAGGUACAAAAACACAUUAUGAAUAUGAAGUUCGAAUCUGUACCAAUGAUGACCGUUGGAGUAUUUUACGAAGAUAUAGCCGAUUCAGGGAUCUCCACAUCGCCAUGAAAGCCCGAUAUGGUGAAAAAGUGUCAACGAUUCCUUUCCCUUCCAAGCAACUUUUUGCCAAUAGCGAAACUGUAGCAAAAUCGCGCAAACGUCAACUAGAAUUUUAUUUAAGACGACUGAUAGAUACCUGUAAAAAUCUUCCAUCAUGUCCGCUGGCCUACGGUGGACCUGUUACUAAAGUGGCCUUAAUUAGUUUUUCACCGUUUUUCAGAAAAGGUGUUUUUGAAAAUGGGAAGUAUGGAACAUCAUGAUUACUGCCUUAUGAUCGGCCAUACUGAAUUUUAGCCACUUUCCCGUUGAGUGACUCACUGUCGCCUAUUUAUUAACAAUUAUUUUAAAAAAUUACUAGUUUAUUGAAGUGUGGGAAAAGCAAGCGUCAUUGUAGCAAUUGUUAAAGUUAUUUUAUGGUUAUUUAUUUAUUUCUGAUUUAAUAAGACAAAAUAAGAAAAAAAUGUAUCAGGUAUUUAUAGACUGUAUCACGGUCAUUUGCACCCAGUUGUAUAUUAUUGAAUUUAUAAUUAUUUAUAUUUGAUUACUUCACUAGUUGUUUCUCUGCAGAGAAAUCGUGGAUUAAGAUUUAAUCAUACUAGGUGGAACGGCCUUCAUUGAAUUAUUUUUUCGCUUUUAUUGUAAUAACCAUAGUUGUAAUGAUUACACGAUAACUAAGCUUGGUGGGGAUAUACAUGUGUAUUUAAGCUUUAAAAUUUACCAAAAAAUGCUUAUUUAGAAUGUACACUUCGCCAAAAUGGAAACGCAUACAUGUAACGUAAAUAUUCUCGAAUUUAUUAAGAAAAUGGGCAAAAAACGAGUGUAGGUUUACUUUGCGUUAGUGUUUUCAAGUUUUUGGUCGAGGUUGUAUAUAUACAUGACGAAGUUAUUGCACCACAAAUAUACAAUAAAGAAGUUAAAAAGUGGAAGAGCAAUCUCAAGAAAUAGAUUUUUUUGUGUGCACAUUUUCGGUUUCGUGGGUGGAUGCAAUGAAUAUUAUAUAAAAUAUAGGUACUAAACGGGUUAAUAUAUCAAAACUUCCGUGUGGCGCUAAGGCUAAAUGUUGCAACAGUAGCAUAGGAUUAAGUAGUCUGUUUUUCUGCAAGCCGUUUUGUAUUAACGACCUAAAAGAGUAAUAGUAAUGUUAUAAAAUUGUGACAAAGCGUAGAUGACUUUCGUUAUUUUAAGAAUACUUCUCAGUACGGGGACUAUAUUAUUAGGUGCUAAUCUUCUUCAUUGUAAUAAAAUAUUGAAUUUACUUCUUGGAUAUUAAGUUCUUGUUGAAAAUCAGGCUGCUACGAAUGGGAUUCUUAAUUCUACUUAGUAACAAUGUGAUAAAGAUUUUAAUAGUGUGAUAAACUGCAAUUUGUAGAGUAGGUAGAAUCAAAAAUAAUUAUUGACCUUAAGAUGAGUAUUAUAAAAUUGUUGUUCAAGAAUUGUUAUUAUAUUUUUUUUAUUGUGUAAACUCUGUACAGUCAGUUUGAAUUUUUGUAAAAGAUUCAAUAAAAGUACUAAAACCAAA